AGAGAGAGAGGCACAGAGGAAUAGGGUUCUGGAAACCCAAGAUGGUGGCCAAGACUCCAACCAAGGAGAAGAGAAUGGCCGCAGCAAUCAACCCCAUUCUCGUCAGAGAAACAGUAAAGAAGGUGGACAGGUGCAUGGCUCGCCUGCAGGAGCUCCAGUACACGGUGACAGGCGGUGCCAAGGUCAUCUCUGGUGUGAGCCUCAGCCCUCGGAGCACAAGAGGGUAUCUCAGAACCAGCCUUCGAUGCAAGCAGGAAACCUUAAGGAUGAAGAACCCUCCAGCUCGGAAAUCACCAACAGGGAAAUUCCCAGGGAGUAUUAAUGGUGAAUGGCGGCGAAUGUCACUACCAGCAAUGCUAAUAGGAGAAACAGUAGUAGAGAUCCUUCAGGCCAGCCACUUUGCAAAGGAAGUGGUUGCAGCUUCUGCCAAGCUUCCCAAAACCAAAACUACAGAUCCCAAAACUCCUGACACCAUCCACAGAAAUAAGAAGCUGCGUUGCGAGAGCUCUGAGCUGCGGGCAAGGCGAAUGAAGGAGAAACAGGUUGUAUCGAAAACCAUUCGACCUGAAUCAGGCUCCCCAAGGCUUACCAGGGCUCGAUCCCGUAUCAGAUUCAAAUCAACCUCACCUCUCAGUAAAAGGGAGGACAGAAGUAUUGGUGGCAGGACUUCAGUUACAGUUAACCGGGUAUCACCGAAGAACAAACCUUGGGCUAAGAAAGCAGUGCUCUUCCCCAAUCCUCUCUUCCUCCCAUCUUCCUCCUCACCUUCAUCUUCCAACAAACAAAGUUUCUACAGGACCAAGUCUCCCAUCAUUGGCAGGACAAGGCAGCAGAUCCCUCAUAAAUUCAUCAUCAAGUCACCACCCACAUCACUGAAGUUGCAGCUCAAGUCGAAGAAGGCAGUCCCGGCAAUGGCUCUGAACUCGCCUACUGAAAAGGUGGUGGUGCCGAAGGCCCGGCGGUGCUCCUUCUCACCCUCCAAGUUGGCCAGCAGAUUGGUAUCUCCAAUCAGGACCAGAAUUUCCCUUCAGAAGAGCAGCAGUGGGUUGAUGAGUGGAUUGAAACAGCGGCCCAAUUUUAGUACUCCUGUGAGGAUCUCUUCCACCAGAAGGAUUUGAGAGCCAUUCCAACUGAAGUUAGAGUUGCUUAUAAUUCUUCUAAUAAUGUACACCUGGAACUGGAACCUCAUUGGGCCAAUGAGGGAAAGCGCAACAGCUAAGGAGAAGAGGCAAAGAAAUAGAGUUUUUCAUUUGUGUGUA